AUGGCCUUACUUGGAACCUCAGGCUGCUCUCCCGCCUUCUGGAUGUACAUCAUGCUGUGUGUUGGUCUUGUGCUCUUCGCCGCGAUCAUGGCAGGCCUUACGAUGGCGCUGAUGAGUUUGGACGCCAUGAACAUCGCGAUCAUCGAGGCGAGCGGCACCGACAAUGAACGCAAGUAUGCAAGCGCCAUCAAGCCUCUCAUACAGAAUAGGCAAAGCUGGUUGAGCAGGCACCUUCUGCUUGUUACGCUGCUGAUUGGAAACGCAACCGCGAUGGAAGCUCUACCCAUCUUCUUGGAUCGACUCGUACCCAACUACAUGGCCAUCAUUCUCUCAGUCACCUUCGUCUUGGCAUUUGGAGAGAUUCUUCCUCAGGCUAUCUUCACCAAGUUUCGUCUUCCCAUCGGAGCUUACUUCAGCUAUUUCGUGCUGACCCUGGAGCUCAUCUUGUUUCCCAUCGCAUGGCCGAUAUCAAAAAUGCUGGAUUACUUCCUUGGGAAAGAUCACCCGACCAUCUACCGCCGAGCCGAGCUGAAGGAGCUGACAAGACAGCAUCUCAUAACAUGCGACGGACAUGGAACUUUGACUCACGACGAAGUGAAGGUCAUGAGUGGUGUGCUGGACAUGGCGAACAAACAAGCCAAAGACGCGAUGCAUAGCAUAGAUGGAGUUUUCAUGCUGGAUGCCGAGGCCGUUCUUGACAUGAGUUGCAUGAGAGAGAUCAUGUCGUCCGGUCACAGCAGGAUUCCCAUCUUUGUUGGCUCCAAAGACAAUGUGGUUGGACUCCUGAUUGUUAAGAAUAUCAUCCUUGUCGACCCGGAGAACAAUACGAAGGUGUCCUGA